GUGUGUGUGAAUGUGUUUACUGUAUCUGAUUAAAGCUCGAUUCUACGCUUGAUAACACUGCGCCUUUUGUUUCUGUUCGCAGUUCAAGGAUAUAACACAAGGCUAUCCCGCACCGGCGUUGACAACGAGCAACAGAAAAAAAAAAACAAAAAAGAAAAAAUUUACAAAAAUUGUUUAGCGCAAAAAUGCGUCUCAUUGUGUUCUCAACACUUUUGCUUGCCUCCUGGGCAGCUGGCCAAGCUCUGGAUGCCGUCGAAAUUCAAAGGCAAAAGCUGAUCAAAUUUCCCGAGGAGUUUGAUCCGAAUGUGGGGCCGUCCACGUCCGACAAAGCGGACGAGGCCAAGCGCAUUCUCGACCAGAUCGCCAAGGUGAACGAGGCCUUUGGCUACGUGAAGAAGAAGCCCGAUCAGCCAAAGCUGCCGCCCAUACUCGACUCCAGCCAAUAUCUCUUUCCCAAGCCCGCCCAGCAGCCCUUCCACGCGCAGAAGCAUCACUUCUCUGGCAGCCAAGGGCAAACGUUGCUGGAGCCCUCCAUAAGAGCUGUCAAGCUAACGAGGAAUGUUGUGGAUGGAAUGUCGAAAGAGCAAAAGCAACAGCAGCAACGGGAGACGCUCUACUUCCGACCCAAUCAAGUGCAGCUGCCUCAGCCAAGCUCAGCACAGGAGGCACAGCAGCUGCCCGCCCACUUUGUCAUACCGGUGCAUCUGUACAAGCUGAACAAGGAGCAGUAUUUGCGAGAGCAUGCGCCGCACGAGUAUCGUGUCAAGGGCUACAAGAUAAUUGGCGAUGUGGACAGCUUUUAUGGCAAGGCGAAGGCCAUGCUGCACGAGAAGAACCAGAAGCAGGGCAAGACAACGCCCAAAUACCAUUUGUUCUUUUUGCCCCGCGAGCUGGCCUUAAAUGACGAUGGGACGCCCAAGCGUGGCAAGCCAACAGCGACAAGCACCACCACCACUACCUCCACCACCACCACCAAAGGGCCCAGCUCUAGCAAGGAAUCACGCUUCGACUCGCGUGAGAAGCCAAUACAUAAGCCACAGCAACAGCCACACUCCCAGCCACAAUCCCAGCAACAGCAACAGCGGACUAGCGGCAGCACCACCAAGCCAUUGCGUGGCAGCAGCAAGGAUGCAGAUCAGAAUCAACAGAUACUGACCAGCUCAUCCAGUCUCAAAGUGAACUCUGCCCCAAGCCACAGUAAUGUGGCUCAGCAGACCACAUUGCCGCCCACAGGCGGACUGAUGCCAAAUCGCAAUCGCUUGAAUGUCUUCCGUGUGCCCAGCGUCAAUCUGGCCGAGAUGCAGAACCAGACAUCGACAGCCAUAAAAAACGCCUUUCAGAAUAUUUUCAAAAUGCCCUUCCGUCAGCCAAUCGCGCCGACAGGAACAACAGCUGUACAGCCAGUUGUGGUGCAGAGCGGAGCUGUAGAAAAUUCCGACAUGUUGCAGGAUAGCCAGGAUGAUUACAAGUGGGACGAUGAGAGGGAGGGCGGCGGCGACGGCGAUGGCGAUGGCGACAUUGAUACUCUUGAGCAAAUGGAAAAUACGGCUGCCGAACAGGAUACCAGCGCGGGUACAGAGAAGCAUCUUUUUGUACACAAGAAGCACCACCUAAUGGACACCAUUGGUACAGUAGCCACCGCUCACCAGGGCACUCAGAAGCAGGCUCUGCGAGAGGGCGGCAUCAUCAUUCAACGCCUGAAGGUGCGCAAGGGCGGCAUUGCCAUUGCGGGGCCAGGAGGCGUGGCAACAGCAGGUAGUGGCGGUACUGCAAUUGUAGGCCCUGGUGGCUAUGCCCUGACCCACCCGCGCAGCUUAACCAUUGCUGGCCCUGGGGCUAAGGUUAUUUCCAUACCUGCUGAUGUGGACCUGAAAGAUGCUCUCCAGCGCACAGAUGUGGAUGCAAAAAGCUUUCCACGCGAGGGUAAGGUGGUGGCCACAGGGCCCACCGUCUACUACGCACCACCAACGGGCAUGACGAUGGAAGAUGAGGAUCAGGAGGAAGUGCAGGAAUUUGAAGCCUUACAGUAGCUUGAUUGUUUAACUGAAAUCUGUUACCAGCCCUGAUUUUCGAAUUAGUUCAAUUACGCUCAUCGAUCGACAGGGCUGCCAGAUAGUUAGGAAUUGUGGCUGCCGUUUAGCUAUGUUCGAUUUUAUACCUAAUGACUGUUAGUAUUUUUGUAUAGCGCCUAAGUAUUGGUAAUAAAUGUUUGUAUUUGUAAUUUGUGCAUUGCUUUCAUCU